UUUACCUCUCCUCAUAUUCUUACUGCUUCAAACCAGAGACAGAGAGAGAAAAACUGAAAAAUGGGAACCUCCAAGCGCGACUGUUGUCUUCUCCUGAUCUGUGCAAUACUAGCCGUCCAAGUGGCGGUGUCAACCUCAUCAACGGCAGCCGUUGAUUUCAUUCCGAUGGCACCGGGUUGCCGUGGAUCCAUCGCCGAGUGCUUGAUGAGCGGAGACGAAGAUUUCGAGAUGGAGCUGGCCAUGGACAGUGAGAUCAACCGGCGUAUCUUAGCAAUUAACAAGUAUAUAAGCUACGGUGCGCUGAGGAGGAACACUGUGCCUUGUUCGAGACGCGGCGCCUCGUAUUACAACUGCCGACCAGGAGCUCAGGCCAACCCCUACACUCGUGGGUGCAAUCGCAUCACGCGCUGCAGGAAUUAAAUUUUUUUUUUAAUUUUUUAUUUGGGGUGUUUAUAAUUAUAAUUAAUUAUGUGAUUGUUAUGUGUUAAUUUUGUGCGCCCACAGAUGCUUAUGAUGGGUUUAUGGAAUAAAAUAAAAUUUGAAAAAAAAUUAUUGGAUUAUUAAUUUA